GUUUUGUUAAAGAAAUUUUCGGCUUCUGUCUGUCUUCUAUGUGCUGAUGGUCGUGCAGAUUAGGAGAAUGAAUCAGGAGUCCCUGCACUUGAAAGAUCGCUUCGCACUGUUUUUCCAGGAACUCAAGUAACAUUACACCCCCAUUCGCAUACUAGGCAGUGUUUUGAUCUCAUUUGUAUCAACCAAUAAACCUUUACGUUUACCUUUUGGCAGAAGUAAAUUGCGAGCUGUGCUGAGAACAGCAUCGCAUAUUAGAUAGAAGUCUUGGUGUUUUCAUCGAACUCGAAGCCCGGUCCGACUUCUAAUGGGCUAAGUAGUUCCACCUCUGCUAACAAUUAUAGAGGUAGAACGAGGCUGCCAUCCUCGAUCAGAUGAGUCGCGACGGAGAGGAAAGCGAAACAAAAGUCCGAGACAAGAGUGGGCAACCCUCGUCGGGCGGUACUAAGGGCAGUUCUUCCGGCACGACUACCAAGGGUCUGCUGCGACUCCGCAAGGAGGUCGCGGCCGGGGGGCGCAAGCACCCGCGGGACCAUCGCGAGUUGAGCAGAAGACUGAAUAAGGACUACAAUUUUAGCCAAAAAGAACGGGCCGCGGACGAGAACCAAUGGCAGCGCACGGUCGGUUCGUCCGAUGCCGACGCGGUGUACCGGGCUACGGCAAGUGACCGGAGGGCAUUCAGUACUAGGAGUGUGACGGCCCUCGCUCCGGGCGAGCGGGAGGACGAGCGGCACAAAGAGGACCGGCUGUCAUACAUCCAGCGCGACAAUUUCUGGAUCGAGAAAUGGCUGGACAGUUCCACGUUAGGGGCGAUGGACGCUCUGUUCGCGCACGCGCAGCAGUUUCUCCGCGGGGACCAGUUUUUCGACGAGGGAUGGGGGGACCUGGAGAAAGUGCAGAGGAUGAUGAUUUUGCUCAACUUUCACGCCCAGCGUGCGCUGCUGUUGCGGACGGUCUGGGCAGAGCAAUAUGCGUGCAACAACGAGGUUGCCAAGGUCGAGCUGUUUUUGCAGACGCGGCGCCGACUCCAACGAGGGAGCGAGGCGUUCUUGGCCCUCGCAAAUAUUACCGGUAGUACCGACGCGAGCGGCGAGGACGAGAGGGGGCAUCUUCAAGGAGAGCUGUUAAUGUCAGCAACUGCUGGCAGAGAAGAACAACCGACAAUGAAAAUGGACGACUUCUGCAAUUUAUCAGAUUUCCAGGAUGAAGAACGGACUGCGACGCAAAGGAUAGAGGAAAGCGCCGAGGAAAUCACAAAGGAUCCCCUAGAUGAAGAUGAACCCGGUCGUGUCGCGGUUCCUGAAUUCGUGGCCAAAGGGACAUCAAGUAAGGAGAGCACUGCUACGUCUCUACAACUCGGCCAGGAUUUGCUAUCCUGGAGGAGACUCCAGGAUUACGAUGAAGCGUCGACGAGUGACAGUAAGAGCAGUACCAAUGGCUCGUAUCAAUUCUCUCCGUGGCAAUCUUGCCCGUUGGACGCCAUUUACUGGGCUGGUUGGGGAUGCCACCGAGAAGUGCCCGCCGCCAAACGCGAUCCGGAGAAUAAGCCUUUGGUGUACCUGGACCCGGAGUUUCGGCCUCCCUUCAAUUUUGAUUUCUCCGCGGACUGGCCCGGCACGUGGUCGACCGAGGAUAUUUUUCUGCUGAAAGAGGUGCGGCGGCGAAAAUCUGACUUCAUCGAGUGGGUAUUUCCCGAGCAACAGAAACCUUCCUCGCCGCUGCCCGAAGCUGGAGGUGGAGACGAAGCCGGCGCGACAGCAAGCGCGUCUGUCAAUGAAUCAGUCGGUGGAAGUCAUACGAAAACGAACGAGACUAGUGGUGCAAGAACCGGCAAAGAGGGAACCGCAACUUCUACGCCUCCCCUUCCACAUCAAGGCGCGACUUCAAGGCAGAACUCGAGGGCCGCCGCGGCUCCAGGCGGCCCAGUGAAGAGUAGCAAAACGGUCCUCGAAACAAGGUACGGUGCUGAAUUCGAAGUGUCGGAGUACGAGUACACCAGUCCCAUUGCGGAGUUCCUGCCGGACGAGUGCCAGCGCGGGUAUUUCUUGCUCGUGAAGUGGAUUCGGGACAUUCCGCGGCCGCCACCGGGAGGCAGCAGUUCCGGCACGGACAGCGUGAAUGAGGAUCUGUUGCAGGAGCCACUGGCUGUGAGUCCGGAGCACGAAAGCGAAAUCCAGUCGGAGACGAUGAACCGACGGACCGCGCGAAAGUGGCGGAACUUCGCCGGGGUCGUGGACCUGACCAAGACUGACGGCGCGGGAGACGACCACAGCAGCAGCCCGGAGGCAGAUCCUGCUCGCUCUAAGGACUCCGUGAUGUCGACCCUCUCGGGAAUCGCACCAAAGGACAGACGGGAGAGAAGGAGUAAACGGUCGAGCGAGGCUGAGAAGGGCAUAAGGAUCCAAAAAGAUGAUAGCGGUGACGGAAUUAACCCCGUCGUCGGCGCUGUGCAGCCAUCUCUUCUUUCCAGUGGUUCCAGCGGCACGACUAAGAACAGAACAGAUAGAGCAGGACCCGGCGGCGCGGCGGGGGGUUCGUCUUCGUCCGCAGCGCCGCCGCGGGAGGCAGGACCAGUAGAUGAGUCCGCUGCGGCGCGUUCGGUGGCUGCGUUAAAAAAUCUGGUCGUCAUCUUGCCGUUCACCGGAGAGAUGACGAUGAAUGAGUCCUACCGGCUCGCAACGGCGUACAAGACCGCGAACCAGGACACUAUUGUCAUGAUCACCCUCGCGCCGAUGCACGGGAUCCGGCGAACUCCAAAGAUGGUGCGACACUACUGCCGCACCGUGGAGCACGUGUGUUAUUUGACCACCGGGCUGACCGUUGAGGCGGUUUCGCUCACCUACACGUUUCUCAACUCCCCAAUGUUUCGCAAAUUUCUCACGAUCGACCCCAACGACUAUCAAAAAAUCAUCGUCGCCGCCAACGCCGCUAAAGAUAAGGAAGACGACGACGCAGCACAGCAGGCGAAGAUGAAGAUGAGGGAAAAGAAUAAGGAAAAACAAAAAAGCAACACGGCACAUCAGUCAUCUACGAAGUUCGAGCCGUCCUCCCGGCUACGCGGGGGCCCGCGAAACCUUUCCAACGUGUGGCGCCCCAGCUUCGCGACCACUGCCAAGAAAAACAGCGGCUCGGAUGAACAAGAUGCGCCUGAAGCGGAAAACAUCAGAAAUAACGGUUCUCACAGUGAACAAGCAGCAUCAAACGGGUUGAACGAAGUAGAUUCGCUGUACCCGAGCUUCACGCGGCCACCUCGAGUCACUUUCACAGGCUUCUCUCUCGGUGGAGGGUGCGCACUCGCCGCGGCCUUUGUGUUGCUGAUCGUGGACCCCUGGGUGGAGGUACGCAUCGGCAGCUACUGCGGCCCUCACGCACCCACGGUUCUCGUGGACGGGCGGAUUCGGCAGGAGAUCAACUUUGAUGCCCUGCUGGCCGACCAAGCCAAGGUGGACAUGUCGCAGGUACGCGCGCAACGUCGCAAUCCGGUCACGCCGGGCGAGAUCCGUUCGGCAGGUGACGAAGACAGUUCCGGUCGGGAUGACAAAAAUAAGGCCGGCACUCCUGCUGGAAAAAAAGCCGACGAGGGGUCGUCCGCAUCUGUUGCCGCGACUACAUCCUCGUCCCCAAGAACGGGGUCGUCUGCGCCUUCUAGUAGUACCAAUAAAGCGAAAAUGAAUGCGAAUACGUCGACUACGUCCAAGAAGGCUAAGGUCCCCACUUACGGCGGCAAGCCGAUUACAAGCUCGGCGAUCGAAACUCCGAUGCGUGCGGCUGCGGUUUUCCGGCGAUUUUUGCGGCACCACCAGAACAUCGAUACCUGGAUCGGGUACCUGCACAGUCAGAUUGACCACAGCCGGCUCUCCGGACUGGUGGUGGGCUGCAAGGACGACGAGUUCGUCCCCAUGGAGUCGGUGCGCACGCUGUACGCCACGUUGAAGGCCGCAUCUCGCAAGGCCCUGCUGGAGUGGCACUCCGGAGGCCACGCGACGGCGGUUGUUUUGCGGUGCGGACCGGAGAUGACCGAGAUCAUUCGAAGGGUUUUGUCAGAAGAAUUUGAUUGAUAGAUAACCGAUCCUGGUGUCUGGGUCGUGUACAUCGUCACCUCCACUGUAGAAGUUUAUGAGAACUGAACUUGAACUUCACGCAAGUGGAUUGGGCGUGACAAAUACGCAUAAGUGAGGAGUGAACACAUGAAAUGAGCGCGCAAGGACUCGAUAAUUAUCUACGUAGAUGCACAGAAUAAAAUAAGGCGCACUUCGAUCAUUACCGCGAUGAAACGAUCGCACACGCAAACAAACCAAAACUACACGAAAUAAUUUUGCACGGUGAAAAGUAAUUGUUCCGGGUCUUGGCUG